AUGGAGAAUAAAUUUAUUCCGCAGGCAAUUGAGAUCGUAACGCAGGCGAUUGAUGAAGACAAUCGUAAAAAUUAUCAGGAGGCUUUUCGUUUGUAUAAAAAAGCAUUGGAGCAUUUUAUGGUUGGCGUCAAGUAUGAGAAAAACCCGACGUCAAAGGAAAUUAUUAUGAAGCGUGUAGAGGGUUAUAUGACACGUGCAGAACAAUUACGGGGGAUGCUGGAGAAGGAUAAUGCACCAAAGGCCGUGGCAGCUGCAGUUGACAUGGACAAAGGAGAGAAAGAUACCGAUGAUGAGACGGACGCAGAAACAACGAAACUGCGCAGUGCAUUGGCUUCGGCAGUUGUCACAGAGAAGCCUAACGUGAAAUGGGACGAUGUUGCUGGAUUGGAUGCUGCAAAGGAGGCUCUCAAAGAGGCUGUAAUCUUGCCAGCGCGAUUCCCACAGCUCUUUACGGGCAAGCGACGUCCUUGGAAGGGUAUCCUGUUGUAUGGGCCCCCAGGCACGGGUAAGUCGUACCUUGCCCAGGCCGUCGCGACGGAAGCAGACGCCACGUUCUUUUCCGUCUCGUCGUCUAGUUUGGUGUCCAAGUGGCAAGGCGAGAGCGAGAAAUUGGUCAAGAACCUCUUUGAGAUGGCGCGUGAAAAGAAGCCCGCUAUCAUUUUUAUAGAUGAAAUCGACUCGCUGUGUUCGAACAGAUCUGAGGGUGAAAGCGAUUCAACGCGCCGCAUCAAAAACGAAUUCCUUGUCCAGAUGCAAGGCAUGGGCAACAACCAUGAUGGCGUUCUGGUACUCGGAGCUACGAACGUACCGUGGGAACUUGAUCCAGCAAUGCGACGACGAUUCGAAAAGCGCAUUUACAUUCCUCUUCCUGAGGUGAAUGCACGGAAGGUGAUGCUGGGGAUUCAUCUAGGCGAUACGCCAAACGAAUUGAGCGAUGCAAACUUCACAGCAAUCGCAGAGAAAACGGAAGGCUGCUCCGGUUCAGAUAUCUCGGUGCUUGUCCGAGAUGCGCUAAUGGAGCCGCUUCGAAAGUGCCAACAAGCGCAGUUUUUUGCUCCAUGCAAUGAUAAAGCGCGUCCAACUAGGAAUGGUUUAUUUUUAACUCCAUGUGAAGACGAUCCGCCGUGCGCUUACUGUCACAUGAAGCUCUCUUCGUGUCCUACGAAAUGCUCGGACUGCAAAGUCCCGUGCCGACGUUGCGGGGCACUACGCAUGCGGCUAUACGAUCUACCAGAGCGCGGCUUCUCGGAUGAAAACUUGCGGCCACCGAUGAUCUCAAUGAAUGAUUUCACACGCGUGUUGGAGCAUUCAACAGCAACUGUCGCCCCUGAUGAGCUCAACCGCUUUGUGAAGUGGACGCAGGAGUUUGGUCAGGACGGCUGA